UUUCAAAGCAGAUUCAUCAGGAUGAGCAGCCAGGCCCCACCCAGGCUUCUGGAACUGGCCAGUCAGAGCCUGCUAAUGGACAAGGCCUUGGCCAUCACAGCACUGGAGGAGCUGCCAACAGAGCUCUUCCUGCCACUGUUCAUGGUAGCCUUCACCGGGAGACACUGUGAGGCACUGAAGGCCAUGGCACAGGCCUGGCCCUUCGUCUGCCUCCCACUGGGAGCCUUAGUGAAGGGACAGUGGAUUCACCGGGAGACCUUACAUGCUGUGUUUGAUGGGAUCAAUGGCCUGCUUGCCCAGAAGCCUCGCCCCAGGAGACGGAAACUACAAGUGCUGGAUUUAUGGAAGCAUGCUCAUCAGGACUUCUGCAAUGUUUGGUCUGGAUCUGCAACCCGUGAGUUCUCAUUGACUGAGCCAGGGGCAGCCAAUUCUGUGAAUAAGAGGCAAAAAGUAGAGGGUUCCAGGGUGGAGGAGGAGCAGCCCUCAGCUCCCCUGGUGGUGAUCCUGAACCUUUGCCUCCGAGAGGGCACCACAGAUGAACUCCUCACCUACCUCAUUAAGAAGGUCAAGCAAAGAAAAGAUUUGCUACAACUGUGCUGUAAGAAACUCAAGAUUUUUGCCAUACCAAUCCAAAAUAUUAGAAAUAUCUUGAAGAUGGUGCAGCUGGAGUCAAUCCAGAAUUUGGAAGUGAAUUGCACCUGGAAACUGUCCACCCUGGGGAGGUUUGCUCCUCACCUGGGCCAGAUGGUUAAUCUGCGCAGGCUCCUCCUCUCCCACAUCCGCAUUUCUUCUGAUAUUUCUCCAGCAAAGGAGGAGCAGUAUGUUGGCCAGUUCACCUCCCAGUUCUUCCAUCUGCAGCAACUCCAGGUGCUCCAUUUGAACUCUGUUCCCUUUCUGGAAGGUCGCUUGGACCAGGUGCUCAGGUGCCUGAAGACCCCCUUGGAGACCCUCUCCAUCACUAAUUGCCUGCUUUUGGACUCAGACCUGAUGCAUCUGUCCCUGUGCCCAAAUGUCAGUCAGUUGAAGGAUUUGAGUCUGAGUGGUAUCAGCUUGACCAACCUUAAUCUUGGGCCCCUGAAGAUUCUUCUCGAGAGACUCACAGCCACCCUCCAGGAUCUGGAUCUAGAUGAGUGUGGAAUCAUGGAUUCCCAAUUCAGCAUUCUCCUCCCCACCUUGGGCCACUGCUCUCAAUUGAGGACCCUCAGCUUCAGUGGAAACCUCAUCUCCAUAGCUGUCCUGGAGAACCUGCUGAGGCUCGCGGUUGGGCUGAAGAAGUUAAACCACGUGCUGUAUCCUGCUCCUGUGGAGAGCUACGAAGGCACCGAUGGGACUCCCCACCCGGGGAUACUUGCCCAGCUCCAUGCCAAUGUGAGGUAGAUGCUACAGGAAGCAGGGUGGCCUGGCAUGAUCUGGUCCUGGCCCAACUCCUGUCCUCGCUGUGGCAACAGGACUUUUGAUGACCCAGGACCCCUCUUAUGCCCCUUUUGUAUGCCAGUCUAG